AGGAAUGUGUCUACGAAUUACAAAACUUCGAUCGAUCUGUAAAUAGAUAUAUCGCGCACACUUAAAGCUCGAUUCACAGUAUCGAUUUGAGAUUAAUCAUCAUUCUCGUUCUUUGCACGUUCGAGAAUAAAUAUCUUCUUAAUGUACUUAAUAUUUGGCCGAUGAAGUAUCAUAGAUCUCUUACAGUUUUAUAAAAUAUAAUAUCAAAUAUAAUAAACUAUGAAAGAGAAAGAGAGAGAAACAGAGGGAAAAAGAGAGAGAGAGAGAGAGAUAGUUGGAAACGUUGGAAAAUCAAAGUACCGUUAAAUUAAUGCAAUAGACCGACAAGUGGAAUAUAAUAUAUCACACGCUUGCAUCAUUGAGAUAGGCCCCCCGAGCACAGAUGCAGUUAUGCAGUUUAUAAGCUUUCGGUAUUACCAAGUAUAUUUACCAACAUAACGAACAUUUUAUCAGAUGGGAUCAUAUUUUUUUGAAAAUAUUCUUUUCACUCUAUAUAAAUCAAACAGUGGAUAAGAAUGCUCAUCCUUGUAACAUGGUUCUUUUUUUUACAUCAAAUUGCGGCUGAACAAUUUAUGGUAGAAAAAUGGGUUGUGAAUUUAACAACCAAUUCCAUUGGCUUAGCAAUGGAAGAAACAAAGACCGUUCCAUUCUCUGUCAAAACAAAAUAUUCAGGAAAUUUCAGUUUUGAUUAUAUAAGCGAAUCGACCGAUGUUGCAACAAUAAGUGGUGUUAUUAAACAAAAUGAUAGCAAGCAUUUCUAUGGUAUACUUAAUAUCACCGGUAUCUUUUUGGGUACUACAAAAAUUAAAUUAUAUCUGAUCAAAGAUAAGAACAUAGAAGACAGCAAAGAUAUUCUUUCUGUUACGGUAGUGCGUUAUCAACGAACGUUAGAUACAAUAUUUACUGUUAGCGUUGCAAUACUUGUAUCUAUCCUCUAUAUUAAUUUUGGUUGUGCUAUGGAUUGGGAAGUAUGUAAAAGAACAUUAAAGAAACCUAUCGGCCCUGCCAUAGGAUGCUUUUGUCAAUUCUUCUUUAUGCCUUUGUUGAGUUACGGUAUCGGAUAUUGUUUAUUUCCUGACAAACCUGAACUACAAAUAGGCAUGUUCUUCACAGGGAUAAGUCCAAGUGGUGGAGCAUCAAAUAUUUGGACCGUAUUAUUGGAUGGAAAUUUGAAUCUUUCUAUCACUAUGACUACGAUAUGCACUAUACUUGCUUUUGGGUUUAUGCCAUUUUGGGUAUUUACCCUAGGCAAACGUAUUUUUGAACGCGGAAACCUUGCCAUACCUUAUAAUCGUAUCGCAAUGUUUGCAGUUGGUCUUAUAAUACCUCUAUUGAUAGGAUUUCUUAUACAAAAGAAAUUACCAAAAUUAUGCAAGUUGAUGAUACGAAUAAUGAAACCAUUUUCAGUAAUUCUUAUAAUAUUUAUCGUUGUAUUUGCUAUCCUUACUAAUCUAUAUUUGUUCAGAUUAUUUUCAUGGCAGAUAGUGGUAGCAGGCAUGGGUUUGCCAUGGUUGGGAUUUAUUUUUGGCAUGUUGGUAUCCUUAAUCUUUAAGCAAUCUCGGCCAGAUAUUAUAGCAAUAGCGAUCGAAACAGGAAUACAAAAUACAGGUGUCUCUAUUUUUUUACUUAGAUUUACUUUAAAGCCACCUGCCGAUGAUUUAACUACAGUUGUCACACCUGGGAUCUUUGAAUAUUAGCGCCGUUCGGUUCGCUCCUUCUGUGAAUCAACCUCGUCCUACUUCAGGUCGUAGACCUUCGUGUACGCCAGUAUACGUAUCGUAUGUGUAUCCGAAAGCAUUACCGGAGACUCACGGUUCGGCAAAUAUGAAAAUUACGUUCCUUACGAGCUUCGCAUAGAAUUUGAAUGUUUACAAGUACAAGUGAUGUUAAUCGACGCUCAAUUUUCGGUAGUGGACAUGCAAACGCGUUACUGUGAUGUUAUGCGUUACUGCUCCGAGUAUGGAAACUGAUUUGAAAGAAGAAGCGUUCAGUAAGGAAGAAAUAUCGUUGGUGUCUGUAGGGUGUAUUGCGUAGGAAUGGUAUCACCGUCCAAGCUUCAACAUCAAGAGCAAAAGCAACCGUCGAAAGAGUAUAUAUUGAAUAAAUGUUCGUGUAAGUGAUCGCGAAA